CAUCAUCCGGGGUCCCAUGGUCUACGGAAUCUGUUUCUGUCCUGUGUCUCAGCAGGGAGACCUAGAGACUUUGAAAGUAGCAGAUUCUAAAAGUCUGACAGAAGCUCAACGGGAAGAAAUCUUUGAGAAAAUAGAUGCUGCUAAGGAAUAUGUAGGAUGGGCCCUACACAUCCUCUCCCCCAAUUUCAUCUCAACUAGUAUGCAGAGACGGACAAAGUACAACUUGAAUGCACUAUCCCACGAUACAGCCAUUGGCCUAAUCCAGCAUGCACUAGAUUCUGGAGUGCAACUUGCAGAGGUUUUUGUAGACACAGUGGGACCAGCAGAGAAAUACCAAGAAAAGCUAAAGCAGCAGUUUCCUGAGCUGGAGGUUACAGUGAGGGCCAAGGCAGACUCUCUCUUCCCUACCGUAAGCGCAGCCAGCAUUUGUGCCAAGGUAGCAAGGGACCGGAUUGUGAAGAAUUGGAAAUUCUUGGAAAACCUGGAAGAUGCAGAAAUGGAUUAUGGCUCGGGCUAUCCCAAUGAUCCCAAAACUAAAGAAUGGCUCGCUCAAAACCUGGACCCAAUCUUUGGCUAUCCACAGUUUGUACGAUUUAGCUGGAGCACAGCUCAGCUCAUUCUGGAGAGCAAAGCUGUGCCUGUUCAUUGGUAAGUGGAGGAACAAGCUAUGAGGUGGACUGAUGGAUAAAGAUUAUAAUGGAGAGUUAAGGAGAAGUUAAAUAACUUACUAUUCACUGCUGCUACUAUAUACUGUGAUGUGUCAGGAGUUUCAUUCUCAUAGUUUAAUUCUUCCAGAAGGAAGUACGCUUUCUCAAAGGCAGCAAUUGGGUUGGGGAGUUUAUUAUUUAUUAGGUUGUUAUCCUGCUUUUA